CUGCACUCGCUGGUGAUGGGCGGCGUACCCAUGAACCUGAGAGGCGAGGUGUGGCAGAUAUUCGUGGGCACGAAGGCGAGGAGGCGAGCAGGGCUGUAUGAUGCUCUGCUGGAGGAGGCCCACCGGGAGGACGACCUGUGCCCCAACAGCACCGUCGCUGACAUCUACGCUCGCAUCCGCGCCAAGGACGUGCACAACUCAUGGGCUGUUCAAAUUGAGAAGGACCUUCCUCGCACCUUCCCCGGGCACCCAGCGCUGGACUCAAUUGGGCGAGAUUCGCUGCGUCGCCUGCUGACGGCGUAUGCACGGAAAAACAAGGACGUGGGGUACUGCCAGGGCAUGAACUUCCUCGGUGGGCUGCUGCUGCUACUCAUGCCAGAGGAAAACGCCUUCUGGACGCUGACAGGAAUCGUGGAUGACUACCUCAAGGGAUACUACUCCCACAACAUGAUCGAAGCUCAGGUGGACCAGCUGGUGUUUGAAGACCUCGUGAGACAGAACUUCCCACGACUUGCAACGCACUUUGAGAACGUGGCAGUGCAGCUGUCAUGGAUCACUGGCUCCUGGUUCCUCUCCCUCUUCAUCAACGUGUUUCCCUGGGAAAGCGGCAAACACUAUGCAUGCACCCAGCACAGCAACAGACACACACACCACCACUCUUCUCCCCUCCUCACCCUCGCAGUGCUGCGCGUGUGGGACGUGAUGCUGUUUGAAGGCAGUCGCUGCAUGCUCUUCCGGGCGUGCCUCGCGCUUCUCGAGCAGCACUCCUUCCUGCUGAUGGAAAUCACUGAGACGGGCGAGCUCAUGUCGACCCUUCUAAACACGGCAGCGUCGGCCUUCGAUGCCAGUCAGCUGGUGCUGAACGCGUGUGUGGGGUACAUGGCUGUGGACGAUUCAUUAUUGGAGGCACUAAGGCAGAAGCAUCGGCCGGCCAUCAUGCGGCGGCUAGAAGAGAGGCAAGUCGCCCUGCAGCGCUACCAGAGCGGCAAGUCAGAGCGCCUCAAGGCGGAGGCUGCUGCCAUCUUCCAACGCAUGUCCCUCCACCCCACUGCUGACGGCCGCCCCGUCACCACCAACUCCCUUGAUGACUCCAUUCUCCCCUCCCCUUCUGCUGGUGCCGCCUCUGCUGGUUCGGCUAAGCAAAUGGAGGAGGAACGGACGCAGCCCCGGGGCGUGCCGAAGCUGUCGCUGCCGAACCGAGUGGCUCGGGCCGUGGCUGUGUUGUUGGAAGCAGCAGGGGAGGAUGGUGGCAGAGAGGUGCGGGAUGGGAGGGUGAAUAUGAAUGGUGGCCUGGAUAUGCCUUUAGAAGGAUCCUCCUGGCCUGAUGUGAGAUGGCCGGUAACCACCAGCGUCUCCUCAGUCUCUUCAGCUAGCAUUCUAGCAGCCGGUGGUGGAUCAGCAGGCAUGCUAGCAGGAGCAGCUGGUUCCGUCUCUUUCUCCUCAGUCUCCUCCGCCUCUCUCCCCCCGUGGCCUGACCACCGCCGCUCGUCUUCCUCUCACGACCUCGCUGCUCUCAACCGCAGCCCCGCCUCUCCUUCCAUCCCUCUCCUUGCUAACGGUGCUACCACCAAUGCCUCUGCUGAUGCUGGUGGUGGUGCUACUGGCGGUGAUGGUGGUGCUGGUGACGAGGAUUGCUCCAGAGAGGGAGCAGGUGCAGAGGAGGAGGAGGAGGAGGAGGAGGAGGAGGAGGAGGAGGAGGAGGAGGAGGAGGAGGAGGAGGAGGAGGAGGAGGAGGAGGAGGAGGAGGAGGAGGAGGAGGAGGAGGAGGAGGAGGAGGAGGAGGAGGAGGAGGAGGAGGAGGAGGAGGAGGAGGAGGAGGAGGAGGAGGAGGAGGAGGAGGAGGAGGAGGAGGAGGAGGAGGAGGAGGAGGAGGAGGAGGAGGAGGAGGAGGAGGAGGAGGAGGAGGAGGAGGACUGCUGUUGA